AUGCCCAGCUUCGAUGUGCCGGGGGAAUUCCUAAGGCAUGCUGUUCUAGACACAUUUGUCCCGCAUGCCCCAGGAACAGAUCUGGAGGCGGCGUUGACCUCCGCUUUGGAAGGAGGAGCUGACGAUUUGUCUUCUGUGCUUUCCUUGAUUCCCCAACGAUCGCUCCUAUUUUUCGAUGAAUUCUGCACCGUUCGCGUUGUCUUGCGGCUGUCCAAUUGUUCGCAAGCGAGCCUAAAACACCAUCUCCAAAACCUCGAGGUCAAGCUUGACGCAUUUGCCAUCGACCCGGCGGAGACAGUUGGAGAAAACCCUACACCCACCAGAGACCUGAUCUUUUCAGGGGUUGUCAGCCCAGAGGAGGAACCGCUGGUUGUAGUCAACGAGUUUGAGGGGGAGUCGGGCUCUGGCAACCAUGUAUAUGUGAUCUGGAGCGUCGAGACCUUUCUCAAGCGCCCUCGUAUCCGUAUCCAACACCCGUCGUUUCUCUUCAUCGCAUCGGCAAGCCUCAACCCAUCGGAGGCUCGACCGGGUGAAUCUCGCGAGGACGACUAUUUGCCAACCUUAGUUCCUGCGUCGACGAAUAUCCUUCAACCAUUGGCUAGCGAUAAAGCUUUUCCCCAGAAGGACCCUUUCCUUCCAGCCUCCAGGCUGCUGCGAGUUGUACCUGCGAAGUACAGCGAGGACCCCAUAUACAACGUGGAACAAGAAUCAGGCCAUCCUAUUCGCGUGGUUCCUGCAGCUAGUGCGCGGAUACGAUACUCCCGUCUCAAUUCGUUCUGUGGGCGGCCCACCACCAUUGCCAGCCUUGAUUUCGAAGUGACUCCGUUCCUAAACUGUGACGUCUUGUUCGAGAAGGCGGACCUGCGCAUCUCAGAUGGAACGAUAGAAACACUGUCGGAUACGCCAGGGCUUCUUCCGCCGGUAACAUGCCGUCCACGCGAUGACAUCACUCUGAUAUACAAACUCACUCCGGAAUAUGGGCCGGAUUCAAAUCCUUCAACCACCGUUAUGAUUAGCGUUUUGGAUAUCUCCUUGGAGGCGACGGUGAAACUGUCAGACGACUGCAAUCCCCGGGUAUUGAUGCAAUGGCGGACAAAUGUCGACUUCUCCAUGGCUCUCAACCCAACAUUCGGAGGACCGAGUCAAGCGUUGCAGCGGAACAACCGACCCGCGAGCCUUCCUAUGACACCAAAUCAAUCCAACUCUAUAAGUGGACUGGCAAACAGAAGUUCGCUCAGAGAGAGGGCAUACUCCACCACAAGUCUAGGAGUGACAGUCUCGUUCUCGGGGCCGUCUAACGUGGAAGUCGGCAAACCUUUCUCGUGGAACGUCUUCAUUGUGAAUCGAUCAUCGCAUCCUCGGAAGUUUGCCAUGGUGGGUAUACCUCGGAGAAAACGUGCUGAUCCUCGGGGACAUACCGCGCGACCAUCCUCUUCAUCGCUCUCCAGUCGCAAGGAAGACCAGGUAGCCGAGGCCGUGACCGAUGAUAAUAUCGUUCAUGCAAUGCAGAAGAACGUGGCUGGGCAAGAGGUUGAACUCGUGUGCUUGAGCACUGAUGUUCGGGUUGGACCUCUCCUUCCCGGAACUUGUUUUGCGACAGAGCUGAAACUGCUCCCUUUGGCGGUUGGCUCGCUUCGCAUGGAAUCUGUGCGCCUUGUGGAAGUCAACACAAACGAAACGACAGACAUUCGGGACCUGCCCGAUAUACAAGCAUUCUCCCUUGAUAGGAAAGUGAAACCAUCUACUGCAUAA